AGCGCCCGCGUAUCGCGCACGACUGCGCGUGCAGGCUCUCCCGCACGCAAUUCUGUAUGCGAUCACGCGCGUUGGAGUGACUGUGUAAAGGAAUGCUGUACAUGUCCAUUCCCAUCUACCUGUUGGUCGUCGGGGCAGCUCUAUGCGUCCCUGAGAACAUCCAAGGCGACCACGACCAUCCCACUGAUGCACACGACCACAUCGCUCCACUCGAGAAACGGUCGCCAAAGUAUGACGGGCCAGAGAAAAGAGCAUAUAGUUAUGUUUCCGAGUACAAGAGGCUGCCCGUGUAUAACUUUGGACUUGGUAAAAGGUCUGUAGAUGCACAAACGGACAGGCAGCCUAUCGAUAACAACGACGCCAUACUAUCCGAGAUCUUGGAACAAUACGACGACUCUCCAGCAUACGAAAAACGCGCUCGUCCAUACAGCUUCGGUCUUGGAAAACGUUUCGACGACGAAGAACAGUCGGAAGAGAAGCGAGCAAGAUUAUACGAUUUCGGCCUCGGUAAACGGUUACCCCUGUACAACUUCGGAUUGGGCAAACGCGCCAGGACUUACAGCUUCGGUCUAGGCAAACGCCUCAGCAGCAAGUUCAACUUUGGCCUUGGGAAACGGGAGAGGGACAUGCAUAGGUUCAAUUUCGGACUCGGCAAGAGAUCCUCCGAAGAUCUUUUCGACGACAGCGAUAAUUACUACGAGGUCUAAAUUUACGUUUCAUUUUUCGUGAAAAUUUACAUGGAAGUUUUGCAGUAUCUAUAGCUUUGAUUCGACGUGCUUUUUAAGACUCCUUAUUCCUUAUGUGUAACAAGGUUUAAAGUUAUCUGUCCGGAGCGAUUCUCUUGUGAAAUCCCCAGCCAAUUUUCACAAGGCAAUCAAAAACAGUUCUGAAGAAAUGUUAGCUAUAUUUUAUUAAGGUUCCAUGUAAAUCUUCAUGCUUUUAAAUAUUCAUUGCUUUUAACUUUUAACUUUUCGACUGGGAAUAUCCUCUCUUUUAACCGUGUUAAAAUAGUUAACUAAUCAAUUUUAAUUAUUAAUAAAUAAAUAAAUAAAAUAUUUUUAUUGUCAAUUUCACACUUUUGAUCGA